UAUCAUAUUGUUUGAAACCAAACCAAAUCAUCGAUUCUAUCGAAAACCAUGGAAAACCCCGAUAAAAGAGGAGGGGUAGUGGUGAGAUGGGGUUGAAUUCAAGGGUUUUUGAGCCCUGAAAGAUCAAAUCUCCCCCCUCCCCUUGUGUUUCGUGGUGAUCAACAGUUUAGGGUUUUUGUUCUCUUUCUGAACAACAAAAAUGGUGGGGACUACUGAGGGAGUGGAUUCAUCUGCCUCCAACAACAAGAAGAACCGUAUCCAAGUCUCCAAUACCCAGAAACCCCUUUUCUUCUACGUUAACCUCGCCAAGAGGUAUAUGCAGCAAUACAACGAGGUGGAACUCUCUGCUCUUGGAAUGGCUAUUGCUACUGUUGUUACCAUUGCUGAGAUAUUGAAGAACAACGGGCUGGCUGUCGAGAAAAAAAUCAUGACUUCUACCAUUGACAUGAGAGAGGAAUCAGGGGGACGACCAGUACAAAAAGCAAAAAUUGAAAUACUGCUGGGGAAGUCAGAGAAGUUUGAUGAGUUGAUGGCAGCUGCUGCAGAGGAAGCCUUAGUUGAUGAGUAAAGCUAUAAGUUAAGAAUAAGAUGUUUCCUCAGUUUUAGCUGUGUUACUUGAUUGUGAGUAUCUUUUAAUAGCUAUUUUCUUGCUUGCUUGUGAGUGAAGCUUAGUCAUUGUGAUGAUGAGAUUUUAGGAAUUUUUGUAAAAUACUAUGGUUCUUUGUUAUUCAAAUAUUAUUCGAAUUUGUUGCUAA